UUCUGAACAACAAACGAUAAACAUACUGUUAUAAUGAAAAAUAUCCGGAAUAAAUUUAAAGGCAUUAAUAAACAUUAUACAACGUCAAGGCUGUAUCCCAAAUUACCUCCGAUUGACUUCAAACCUUUACCGUACAAAUAUUUGCACUCCGCACUACCAGCAGUUCGGACGUGCGUAACAUAAAAUAUUUACGGUGCCCGUAAACACUUGGAGCUCAUCGACGUUCGCGGUGUCAUGGUACCUCACCGUGCUCUGCAUGUGGAGGGAGACGGUUCAUGUUUCUUUUAUUCACUUUCGUAUCACAUGUAUAGCACCGUCUCACAUGCGCCUCAUUUACGGGCAAGUGUCGUACAAUACGUUUGUAACAAUUGGCAACGGUUUGAACUGUACAGCAUGAUGCCGUGUGGGCGUUUCUUACGAAAAAGCACAGUCUAUGCAAUUGGACAAUGUGUUUCCUCAAGUACAGAUGUACGAAGAACCUCUACUUUUACAUGAAGGUAAAAUGCAAUGGCUAUUCGAUCACACGGGCAAGCGAUACUUGGACAUGUUUGGAGGCAUAGCGACCGUUAGCGUAGGUCACUGUCAUCCACGAAUUACUGAAGCAAUCGCCGAGCAGUCGGGUAUUUUGGGUCACGUGUCCGGAGCGUACGAGCAUCCGAAAAUGUAUGAGUACGUGGAAGCGCUUGUAUCAAAAAUGCCAGAAGAUCUAAAGACUGUGUACCUGGUAAACAGUGGUUCCGAAGCCAACGAACUAGCGAUGCAGCUGGUUCGACUGCACACUGGAAACCAGGACGUGCUAUCCAUUCAGAACUGUUACCACGGUGUGUCCGGAAAUCUACAUGGGCUGACAGCAUUGGCUUCGGCCAAGUACAACAACAUGUCUGCUGGCCACUUCAUUCACCACGCGAUGUGCCCGGACGUGUUCAAAGGUAUCUGGGGCGGGAAGAAGUGCAGGGACUCUCCGGUGCAGACGCAGCGAUCUUGCGAAUGUGACCGGGUUCGUUGUCGCGCAGCUGACAAGUACUAUGAACAGCUGGAGGAUAUUUUCUCGUAUUCGAUACCCCGUGGCAAGGUGGCCGGGUUUUUUGCGGAGUCUAUUCAGGGCGUCGGUGGAAUCGUCCAAUUCCCGAGGGGUUAUUUAAAAAGAGUCUACGAGUUGAUCAGGAGCAACGGUGGUCUGUGCGUGGCCGACGAAGUGCAAACGGGCUUCGGUAGAACUGGCGAACACUUUUGGAAUUUCCAAUCACACGGCGUCACACCUGACAUUGUGACAAUGGCCAAAGGCAUCGGGAACGGUUUUCCGAUGGCUGCUGUCGUCACGACGCCUGCGAUUGCGCGGUCAUUGAAUGCGGGUUUUCAUUUUAACACGUUCGGCGGCAAUCCUGUUUCGUGUGCCGUAGGUGUGUCGGUUUUAAAGGUAAUCGACGAAGAAGGUUUGCAACACAACUGUUUGGACGUGGGCACAUAUUUCCUAGAAAAGUUGUGUGGCAUGAGACGUGAGUGGAAAAUAAUCGGCGACGUACGAGGCAAAGGACUGAUGAUCGGCGUGGAGUUGAUAGACGGCGAUCAAGACGAUAGUGACAAGGGUAUAAUUAAUCCACUAAACUGCAGAGCUAUUUCCCGUAUUAAAAACGAUUGCUUAAAAAUGGGACUUUUAUUUGGGGUCGGAGGAGUUCGAUCAAAUGUACUGCGCUUUAUGCCUCCUAUGUGUGUAACGAAAGCUGACGUGGAUUUCACUAUUGCAGUUUUGAGACGAGCUAUGCAAAAUUAUUACGAAGCUAAAUUCCGUAAUAAUCUUUAAAUAUAUUUUUAUUUGUAUAAAAUUAAAAUGCAUUUCAAUACAUUUUGCUUAAAAUAUGUUAUAUGCUUAUAUAGUGAAACUAUUCUUACUCUUUAAUAUGUUGACAACAUUUGAUUAGGUACCUAUUUAUUAAAAUAUAUUGCUUUAUAUUUAUUAUUAUAAUAAUUGUUAUAUAAUUUAUUUUAAACUAGGUCAGUAUUAUCAUGGAACACUUUAUAUCAAAAAAAUUAACGUUGUAGAAAAUAUAUAUUUCUUUUACAUA